GACUUGGCCCUGCCUAACCCGUCAACCAGGUACCACGUCAGGCGUACAAACGCGCACAAAGCAUUAUGAGGUGCGUUAGACGUAUUGAUUUUACUACUGGCGAAACCACCAGGCCGGGUAACGCGAGUUUGUUGCUACUGUCUUAUUUUGAGACGUUCUUUCGAUGGAGUGCUGUUGGGAAGCAGAGCAUCUUCGGACUCAUCUCCGACCAGAUUGAGUUUGAGGCUAGGAUCGAUCAACGAUAGCGUGGAGUUAUUCCUCUCUCACGCGGAGACCGCCCAUGUAUGACCUCACCAAUGGCCUGUCGUUUGUCGUUGGAGACGCCCAUGGCCAUUGCGCGAGUUCUUGGAUUGGAAAAAAUGGGGGCAUAUUGGCGGUUAACACAUAUCUCUACUCGUACCCAUACAGCGCACUAUGCCAGGACCUGAUCCCAAUGCUCCCGCGGUAGACCCAUCCUCUCGUGCAUACAUCUCACUCAUCACUCGAGGCUCAUAUCUACCCGGACUCGCCCUUCUUAUCCAUACUCUCGACAAGCAGGAGUCGAAACACGCAAUCGUUGUGCAAUACACCGAGUCCUUGGAACCAGAUUGCGUCCAGUGCCUGCGAAAUCUGACAUCCAUUUAUCCCCUGCUUCACACGCAGCGUGUAGAACCACUCGCUUUGCCGAAGGGUCUCAGUCCUAUUGCAGAACGCUUUGACGCCACUUUGACCAAACUCCGAGCAUUCGCACCACUCGACUGCCAGAAAUGGGCCGCGGAACCACCACUAUCACGGAUCCCAGAGGAAGUCUGCUUUCUCGAUGCAGACAUUAUGAUCUUCCGAUCGGUCGAUGAGGUUUUUGACAUUCCGCGUCCGGACUCCAAUUGGAUAACAGCCCACCAUGCGUGCUGCUGCAAUAUCGACUCUGACCCCUGGGCGCCUGCCGAGUGGAAGCCGGAAAACUGCCCGUUGACUCCUCUCCGACAUCCCGAGGCGCUGGAAGCAAAGGUACCGGCUAGCAGUGCCGACGGUGCGCGCGAAACGUACAAGGCGCUCAAUUCCGGGGUGUUUGUUUGCACGCCAUCCAAGGAACUCUGGAGUCGCAUGGACCAUUUCCGUCUGCACGACGAGCGAGUGAAAACAUUCACCUUUCCAGACCAGAACUUCUUGGAUGUCUUCUUUGAGGAUCACUGGGUGCCGAUGCCGUAUACGUUCAACGCUCUCAAAACGCACCGAUACUGGCACGCGGAUGCCUGGCGGGAUGAAGAAGUGCGCGCUCUGCAUUACAUUGUUGACAAGCCGUGGGAGGCACGUGUUGCGGAAGAUGGUACGGCGGGGUAUAAAAGUCGGGAUGGAGAGACGCAUAAUUGGUGGUGGAAGGAGUAUGAUGCUUGGGAGAAGCGAAUGAAGAAGGAUGGACAGCAGAGCGUGCUGGAGUGUGUACAGAAAUACAUGUGCGUGGACUCUGGGCUCGGAAAGACUCGAUUCCAGGGGGAGUGAAUUACUCCGCAUCGCAACAGUAUUUAGAUGAAUAUGUAUCGAGAUCUCCAGUGUG